AUGAAGCGUGCUAUUCUAGGAUGCCUGCGACUCCUUCAUACCGGCGUGUCUUAUAAUAGGAAACGAUAUAUCGAAUGGCCAGUAGAAUCCACAAACCCGUCAAGUCUCUCACUUGCAGACUACAUGCAUGCUCUCAUAAGUCCUGCUGCCAGCGUAUUAAACCAGCUCCAUGAUCCACACGUGCUGCAAAACGAUACCAUAGGGUGUACCAAAGUUGACUUGGGAAAUUCCAUCGUCGGAGUCACCUUUACUGCUCGCGAAUUCGAGAGCCAGUCCCGUAAUCCUCCAUACACUUUAUUUGUGCCGGAAGAUUCCUUCGGACCUGAUGGGCGAACGUGGUCUGCUGGUCUCAAAUUCGCCCUUUCGAAGAUUUCUGAAUCCGCAGCUGCAGUCAUCGUAACAAACUUCAAAGAUAUUGUCGUCUUCUUUCCCAGACGUGGAGGUUACCUCCCUACAGGCAAAGAUGUUUUCAUUAAGGUACUGACAUCCCAGAUUCCAGCGACUUUGAGAAUGUUAUCAACAGCUUGCUUGCUCGAAUCUUUGCCACCGGUUGGCUUUAUUAAAUGGCCAGAUCUAUUGGACGUAGACGAAUGGGAUAAAAAUUGCAUUCUUCCAAUGGGCCCUCCCCAAAACCCUGACGAACCUCUGCAUCCCGAUGAGCACCUGAUUGCUACAUGUCGUCGGAAUUCUGACUUUGACCACGCUACCUUGCUUCGAGAUCGUGAUAGGGCGCUUCAAUUUUUUCGAUGGAAUAAACAUAUGCUACAACGUAAAUCUAAACUGGUUGCUCAAGCUAACAGCACCCUGCAUGGGAUCACAAACCAACGUUUCAAUCCAGAUGUAGAAACUCCGCCCCCCGUGUAUCCAUUCGACCCAUCAGAGAUACCGUUGGACACUAAGGAUCACCUCCAAAUGAUUCACCGCGAGUCACCGUUGUCGCCAGGCGGGCUUGACAAGGCAUUGGCACAAAGCAAAUCGUUUACACUUCACAUUCACGACAUGAUAGCGGAAGGAGCGAAGAAGGGAUUUUGCACUGUCUACCGCUGCCAGCUUGCCUCGAUCGAUGGGCGCCCUGUGCCCGCCUCCCCUGUACUGUGUUUGAAACUUUUUGACGACCGAUUCCAGGAUUUACAUGACUUGAUUGACAAUGAAGAUCCCGUCCCGCUAUGGUUUAGGGGGGUAUUCAAUGCAGAAGAAUUUGCUGAUAACGAAACAGCUGCUUACGAAAAACUUCUUUCUGUACAGGGAACGGUUAUCCCUUGGUUUUAUGGACAACACCAGUUUACACUACCCGAUGGCAUUGUCAUUCAAGGACUACUCAUGGAAUACAUUGACGGAUACCAUCUCGACUCUAAACGCGUCAGCGAGUUGAGUCCCGCGCAGCAGAUCCAAGUUAUGGAUUGGCACGAUAACCAAUUUUUAUUGUAUUCGCAUCCAACUGCGCAAGUGGAAUGUGUCGUCCUCAUCGACUUUGCGGUGACACUUCAGACACCUCAACCAGAUUUCGUCAAUUUCUUGCAAAAUUGCUGGAAAAUGAUGGCCGUCCUUUUACAUGGUGGCCCACCCAAUGGCGGGCUUGAUUCGGAUUUGAUUUUCCAGUACUACGACGAUCCUGAUAAAUGGGAUCCUACGAAGGCAUCACUCACGGACAAGAAAGGGCGGAGAAAAUGGGUUGAAUACACAGGAACAUACUUCCUGUUCAUAAAACUGGAACCGCCUCCUCCCCUAGAGUAA